UUUUGCACUUUUGCUGUUUGCUUUUUGCCAAAGCAGCAAAUCUCCGAGCGCACAUAGCAAAUUUAUUUUCAGUUUUCCAUGCUUUUAUGCUGCUAGAAACCAAAAUAUUUCAAAUACUCCAACGAAAACGUUUCUUCCAUUUCUUGAUUUUUGUUUUGAUACGACUUCGUUUUGCGCUUGAUGCUCUAACAAUCCGCAAACCCUUUGCCGCUCCUCUGUGAUAUUAACAGCCGAGUCUGAAGCUCAAAGAAAGUGAUGGAGAAAUUAUCGUUACGGAGCGGUGUAUCAGCCUUGAGUCUUGUUUUAUCGUUCUUCAUCAUUGUGUUGGAUUGGAGGGGGCUUGUUGGACAAAGCAUCGCUACACUGACCGUGCAGAUUCCAGCUGGGAAGAUAGAAUGUUUCUAUCACGUAGCGGCUGCAAAUUCUCCUUUCGAAGUGGAGUAUCAGGUGAUUAGCGGUGGAGAAUUGGAUAUUAAUUUUGCCAUUCGCGAUCCGAAUGGCGCCAUGAUUGUCCAGGAGCAGCGGAAGAGCGACAAUCUUCACCGCUUAGAUGGUCGAGCGCCCGGCGAAUACCAGAUUUGCUUUGAUAACUCCUUUUCCAUGUUUCAACACAAACUAGUAUUUUUCGAAGUAUUCGAAGACAAGCAAGAGACACAUGUAGCGCAGUUUCACGAGUUGGGUCAGGGUCAAGUGGAUACGAUGGGCGUCAAGAUGGAGGAUCUGCAACAAGGCCUGGGGCGAGUGCAUCUCAAUUUGGAAAAGGUGGUGAAGACACAAGGGACGGUAAAGCAUUUGGAGGCCGUGGAUAGGAUGGUUCUGGAAUCGAAUUUCGAAAGAGUUAACUUUUAUUCCGGAUGUCAAACAGUUGUGAUGAUUCUGGUCGGCGUUGUCCAGGUGGUUAUGGUAAGAAGCCUUUUCGAGGAACGCAGCAAGAUUGGACGUGUACUUCGGGGAAGCAGUUCGCAGUCAAGAACUUACACCUGAUCGAAAUCUGGAAAUGUCAUUCCUGGCGGCGUUUUUUUAAAUUUUUUGUUUUCUUUCUGAAGCUAUUCCUGGUUGCGUUGGACAAUCAAACAUUUUCCAAAG